GCUAGUGCAGUCGUACUCCAUGAAGUGGUGCCGCUUCUGUGACAAAUAUGGCCAAGAAUGUACGAGUACGGGCACGACAAAAUGACCAGCUGGACUCCAACAUGCCUUACAGGACUGCCCGAGACAAGCGAAAUCUGUCCAGGUUAAACCUAACUGGGGACAAGUCCAACGGUAUACAUAGAUCGUUAUCCUCAGUGGAAGAAGAGUUUAUAUUUGCUGCCGAGUUUGGAGACAUUCCAUCUGUUAAGAGGAUCCUAGAGGAGAAUCUGACGUUUAACGUCGACUUCAGUGAUAUUAUCGGCAGGACGCCUCUGCGCCUUGCUGUGGGAAAUGAACACCUUGAGGUCGUCGAGCUACUUCUUGAUCGGUCAAACCUGGCGAACAUCCACGAGGCACUUCUGCAGGCCAUCAGUGCCGGUCACGAACAGAUCGCAGAGACCAUUCUUAAGCAUCCUAAGUACAGAGACGUUAAAAGGGAUAACAAGCGAUUCGGAGAAACAGAUUACUUUUUUAAUACCACUAACGAGGAUUCACCGUUUUCCGCUGACAUAACGCCACUGAUACUGGCAGCGGAGAGAAAUCAGUUCGAGAUCAUACAGUUGCUUUUACUCCGCGGAGAGAACAUAAAUAAACCCCACCAUUACUACUGUAAUUGUCAGGAGUGUAGUAACAAACUUCAGUUUGACCAAUGGCGGCUCGCGAAAACGAGGCUCAAUGCUUACCGUGGCCUAGCAAGCAGUGCCUAUAUAUCACUCUCCAGUAAGGACCCUAUUCUGACCGCGUUUGAAUUAGCAAGAGAACUUAGAGGGGUCGCUAAAGUGGAAAAGUAUUACAAAAAUGAAUACCUUGGUUUGGCGGACCAGCUCAGUAUAUAUGUGGUCAAACUACUGGACAAGGUCAGGGGUCACGAUGAGCUUGAAAAGCUGCUCAACAAGAAGGGCCCCGACUGUGAGGAUGAUACUUACGAACUAUUGGCCAGACUCAAACUAGCCAUUCACUACAAUGAGAAAAAGUUCGUCGCCCAUCCAAGUUGUCAACAGAAACUGGUCAGCAUUUGGUACGAUGACCUCCGUUCUCUUGAGAGGUCUAAUUGGUUUUUUCGGAGUAUGAUGGUCAUUAGUAUUACAUUUUGCUAUCCCAUAUUAGCAAUUAUCUACUGGUUCAUUCCUAAGUCAAAGCAACGUUGACGCCUUGAAGGACGAAAAAGCUGUAUGAUGCAAUGUAAUUAUGUUUUGGCA